CAGGUGCUUAUUGCCUUUAUUACUAGUUCGUUCUCCUGACUUCUGCAUUUACUUCUCAAAGAAGGAAGGAACUACAUAAAUUUGCCUUCCAUCUCCCGUUGUUUUUCUUGAUCAUUUCACUCUUCCUCUUAUAAUAUUUACAUGUGAUGAUAAGCAAAAAGUAUAUUGGCUUCCUCUGAAGAAAGGUGACAAGUGCAAGAGAUAUCUCUACACAUGAAAAGAAGAAUUUUGUUUUGCUACACCUUGUGGACGAUAGGAUGUUUUCUAGUGUACACAAUGGGGCAUCAUGUAACUGUGCAAGAAAAGCAAGAAGCAACCCUUCCGAUCACAACACUGUCUCCUGCAGAAGGGAACACCACGUUCUUAGAUGGUACAUCUUGGUGUGUGGCACUUCCUGUGGUAACUCAGAAUGAUCUACAGACUGCACUAGACUGGGCGUGUGGUGACGGCAAGGCUGAUUGUAGUCCGAUCGAAGCCGGCGGACCGUGCUACGACCCUAACACGGUGGUCUCGCAUGCUUCCUAUGCCUUCAACAUCUACUAUCAACAAAACGGAAACAAUGACAUUGCCUGCAACUUUGGGGGAACAGCUACUUUAACAAAGAAAGACCCAAGCUAUGGUAAAUGUAUCUAUGAGGUCUCCAGGACUGUAAGCUCCGAGACUAGAAGGCUGGAUGCACAUAAUAUACUCGCCAGCGUUGUGGUGCUAUUAUACAUUGUCAUUUGGUUGAAGCCGUGAUUAUUUGCAGCAAGUGGGAAAACGAGAAUAUUUGGAAUUUGGAUCAAAGAAAAUGGUUAAACCAAUGCUUUGUUCCAUGUACUUUUUUGUCUUAUAUUUAUUAUGUCCUUGAUAUAUGCUUUUCUUUGAAAGUAUUUUAAGAAUAUGUGACAAUAGAACUUCUUUUUGACCCAUGAAAGCUUAAAAGAGUUGCAUCUGCUCGAUGUCUACCUUGUUAACAUA